AUGGAUCGACGCCGACUAGCUUUAAUCUUUGGAAAUGAAGACUACAGUGGUACAGCAAAAUUAAAAAGUUGUGUUAAGGAUGCAGACGAUUUAGCAGUGGCAUUAACUAAUUUUGGUUUUCAAUGUACAAAAUAUCAUAAUUUGAAUAAACGUGCCAUGGAUAUUGCUAUCAGAGACUUUUGUGCCAUUAUUGCUGAUAAUGAUUGUAUUUUAAUAUAUUUUUCUGGACAUGGCAUGGAAGCUUGCUCAUGUUACAAUACAUGUUGUAUCCAAACAGUUGGAUUUGACUAA